AUGCCCCUCUGGCUCCGCCCCUGGACUCCAUUUCCCAUCAUGCCUGUGGACAUGGCCAUCAGGAUCUGCCUCGCAAGCUCUCCUCCUCUUCGCUCCUUCCUCAGUAACCAUCACUGUCAGUACGCGCCAGCGGCUGCGGGGCCGAGCUGCCGCCCGCUGCGACCGUGCCUGUCCUCAGGAUGCUGCGACUCCGUCUCCAUGGAGACGCCCACCUCUGCGCCAAGGAAGAGCCCAAGGAAGAGCGUGGCGUUCGCGGACUCCCAGGGUCUGGCGCUCACCACCGUCUACGUCUUUACCGAAGACGACCCGUUGGCUGAGCUGCAGUUCCACCUGACAGAGCUGGAGGGCGCACUGGACCUGGAGGUCAAAGACUCAACAGAAUCGGGUUCAGGCCUGGUUCUGGAUUUCACGCCACCAGCUACAGACUAUCUGGACCUGAGGAACCGGCUCAAAGCCCAGCAGGUGUGUCUAGAGACCUGUUCGGUGCAAGACCACCUUCUCUCCGGUACCGUCCAGGUCCGGAACAUCUGCUUUGAGAAGUCCGUCUCAGUUCGGAUCACGUUCGAUUCCUGGAGCUCUUUCCAGGAUGUCCGCUGCCGGUACCUGAACAACGUCUACGGCUGCCCUGACAUCGACACCUUCACCUUCGCCGUACCCCUCCCUCCGGACCUGGUUCCGUCCAGCCGAGUAGAGUUCUGCAUCUGGUACCAGACAAAAGACCAGGUCCACUGGGACAACAACCUGGGAAACAACUACCGGCUGGCGAUGGCGGACCCGACUGGCCGUCCGGACCGGGCCUCUGGCAGGAGCCCAGGGCGGGAUGUUCCGAGGGACUGCGGCAGACAGAAGACGGACAAAAUGGACUUUGACCCGUUUGGAAGUCCCAGAACUUCGUCGGGUAUCUUCCCUGACUGGCAGAGCUGGGGCCGGGUGGAGACCGGUGCCCCCUACUGGUGAGGAGGGACUCUUUUAAUCUGACUGAUUUUUAUCAGGCAGAGAUUCUCCAGAACCGUCUGGAACCAACCGGAUCUCAAUCCAUUCCUGAACCAGCUCCAGGGGAGCCUUUGCUGUCCUCACAGAGCCACAACUGAACCAGAACUGCUGAAGGAACCUGAUCCAGAGACGCACCAGAGCCAAACCGGAUCCAAAUAUCUCCACACCAGAAUCUCAGGAAGUGUCCGGGUCCAGGACCAGCGUUGAAUUCUCCGAGCAACAAUGGAGAGAGGUUCCUUGGAGAACCGGACCUUCUGAAAUGUGCAAGAAGAACCUUCAACAGAACCUCAGUCAGGUUCAAAGGAAGAAGCGACUUCCAGAGCUUAGAACUCCUCAAACCUGAAACGGACCUCAGAUCCUCAGAACUUCAUGGCGGUUCUGAACCAAGACCCAAAGAUCCAUCCAGAUUUGUUCUCGUCUUCUGGACCUUCUGAGACCCAACUGGUCUUUAUGGGCUCAGAGUUCUUUGAGACCAUCUUUGUUUUUUCACCAUCAUGACCAGAACCGGUCCCACAGAUGCUGGACCCGCUCCAAAACCGGCUUCUGCAGUUUUAUCAAAUGCUUUGGACCCUUGAUGGCGUUCAGUACCAGUAGUCCAUCCCCAGUUCACAUGUUGAGUUUUAGCCGGUCCUCAAAACGUUCUGGUAUUGGUUCCUGUUUCCAUGGUGACCUGCAGGUCCAUUUUUUUCCAUAGAGAAACUUUAUGAUUGGACCGAGGUUCUGACCCAUCUGGACUUGAAAUAAAAGGGAGAACUACUGUGUCAGAACCAGAACAUCAGACCCGUUCUACAGGUGGUCCAGGUGUUGAUCCACAGAAAGUUUUAACUUUAGUGUUUCUGUAGAAGCUUUGUUUGUUGUCAUGGUAACUGCUGUAACUCACCUUCCUAAAGCCUUUAAUUGCUGAACUGCUGCAGUGCCCUUACCUGUGUGUGUGUGUGUGUGUGUGUGUGUGUGUGUGUGGGGGGGGGUGUGUGUGUGUGUGUGUGUGUGUGGGUGUGUGUGUGUGUGUGUGUGUGUGUGUGAGAGAGAGUGAGAGUGAGACAGGAAGUAUGAAGGGAAGUGUGUGUAGAGGGGUCAUCACCAUCCUGCAUCGGCUGGCAGCGCCGUUUACCUGACCCAGGUGUGUUUCAGCAGAGAGGUGUGUGACGGGGCCAGGUGGCCCCUGAGGUCUGGACUUGGGGACCUGCUAUAGAGUUUUAUGUCUGUAGAUGCUGAGACGUUCCCAUGGCGCCUGAAGGCCUCGUGCUGCGUUCAGAUGUCACUGUAACAGUAUGGUGACAUAAUGUAGUUUCCUGCUCUAACAGGAAGUGAUGUAACUAUGAUGACUGACUGAUCCUUUUGUCUUUGUCCUUUAAGAGUAAAAGUUUAAUAAAGCUCACUCUGCUUUUA